AUGGCCGAGAAAUGCUUGCGCAAUGCCAGUUGCACGUGCAGCAUGUGUGCGGGCUUUGAUGUGGCCUCAUUGAGAAGCAUUUCCAAGUCUAUUUCGUCCAAUAUUCAGUACGACGACGCCGAGAAUGAUGGAGAAAAGACAGCGGAAUUUUCUGCGUCCACGUUUAGCAGUGUAGCGAGCUCUCCGGUCGUUGCAGCGAAGACGACGUUUGUAUCUAACUCGCCACCGUUACCAGCUAUCAAGAGCCAGAUAUUGACAGCUGAAGACGUUCACAUGGACAAUGAGGUCGAAGACGUUACUAUGACGGAAGUCUGUUCAGUUGUAGAGACGAAGAACGUGACGAUGACGACGUCAUUGUCGAUACAAGACCAAAAAAUGGACACAGUGGACAAUGCAGAACAAAGUGAUAGUAUCUCACUGGAUACGGUGCUGCCUAAAUUAACGGACAAGAACUGGAAAGUGAGGAAAGAAGGCUUUGAAGACUUGAAGCUACUGUUUGAACAGCCAAAUGUCAAGACGAGUCAAGUACGAGCAGCUGUGGAUCUAUUUCCUAAAUUGUGUGAGGACGCAAAUGCCAGUGCAAUGGAAGCGGGGUUUGCGGCGGUGUUGGCGUACACUUUAAAUGUGGAGCCAUUUGACAAGGAAAUUGUGCCUCGUGUGAUGGCAGGUGUGACAGACAAGGGCUUCUCAGCACGGCCGGGUAUUGUAAAGAUAUGUGAAGACUUGACAGACGCAUUUGUUGCAGCAGGAGCAGCAGAAGACACGACGGUGGCUCUUUUAGAAGGGACAAACAAUCGCAAGCCAAAGGUACCACCAGCGUGUCUUUCUUGUAUUGUUGGCGCGUUGAAGGCGUACGGUCCGCGAGUUUUGCCAUUGCAAACGAUCAAGGCAGCACUACCAAAGCUGAUGGAGGGUCCUGUGAAAGCACGCCCGAUUGCGAUGGCUAUUAUGGUAGAGAUCGUUCGCUGGACUGGUCCGUCGCUCGUUCAGGAUAUUGUCGGCAACCUUCGUCCAGCCCAGCAGACUGAGUUCGAGGGGCAGAUUAAGGAUAUCAUUCCCGGUCAAGCAGCACCUACCAAAUUUGUCAAUGGUACUAAGCCGACCAAAGUUGACACUAGUGGUGCAGAUGAAAGGGUAUCUAUCGGUGCAGCACCUGCAGCCGAGCCCGUAUCUGCCGCAUUUGAUCCCCGUGAGUUUGCUGAGACAGUAGAUUUACUUGCGAAGUUACCGAAGACCGAGUUUAAGGCCAAGUUGGCCUUACCGAAGUGGAGCGAAAAGGUGGAAGCAUUAAAGAUCGUUCUGGAACUUAUUGGUCCCUUACCAAAGUUAGCAAAUGGUGAAUAUUAUGAACUUGUGUCGACGCUAAAGGCCCUUACGAGCGACUCGAAUGUGAACAUUGUGGCCAAAUCGAUUGAAGUGUUCGGUGCGCUAGCGGACGGUUUACGCAAAAACUUCAUGCAAUACGCUCGGAUGAUGUUCCCUGAGUUGCUGCGAAAACUAUCCGACAAGAAGUCGGUAAUUUUGAAUGCGACAAAUAAGACAUUGGAUUUGUUUUUGCAGCACGCGAUGACAAUUGAUAUGAUGAUGGAUGAUCUGAAGCUAGCAUGCGAUGCAUCGAAGAACAAGGCACCGCCUGCACGCGUCCAAACGAUGCGUUUCUUGACGCGUGCUGUGGAAAAUCGCUACGUGGAUUUGAAUGACAAGGCACUGAUGAUAUCUUUUGGAGCGAUGUUCUUGCAAGGCAUUCUAGAUACCGAUCCAAAAGUGCGCGAGGCGGGUCAAACUUCCUUCAUUAUACUCUUGCAGGCAUCCGAUCAGACAUCUGGGUGGUUGAAAAAUAUAAUGGAUGAUAUCGCGCGCAAGAAUUCUCGAGCGUUUAAGGCGAUCCAGCUAGGAUUGGGUAGUGGUGAAGCUUCGACGCCCUCUUCCCGUCCCGGUAGUGUGCAGUCGUCUCGCCCUGGUAGUGCUACACCAUCGCGUCCCAGCAGCGUGAGCAGUGCAGUUAGCCGUACCAGUUUUGGCAAGCCUAAGGCGUCGGAAGUGAAAGUGGUGGAUGUGGACAUGGCUAGUCCAGCUCCUGCUGGCUCCCGUCGUCCCUCUUUGAUAAAGCGUGGGGCACCUGCUCGAUUUGGAAUGAAAUCUACAACUACCAGCGGUGCGGCUGGAAAAGCUGCACCAGCGAAAAAAGCUUCUGCUGUAGGGUCAAGUGCUGGGACAUCAGUAGGCGGGACUGACUUCACACCUAUGGCGAUCUCUGUUGCCGCUGAAGAAGCUGAAGAUAUUAUCUCGGAACUUCACCUCGAAAACUGGGAUGCGAUUCAGGAAGGGUUCGCAAGCUCAAAAUGGAUGGAACGCAAAGGAGCAAUUGACGGGCUGGAAGAAUAUGCCAAAACACACUCGAACAUGAUGAAUAUUCGAGUGAUUGAGGCGUUUACGAUUUAUUUGGCAAAACAGGUGAAGAAUUUCAAGGACAGCAAUAUCAACGUGCUGAAGAGUUCAUUCCAAGCGGUCGGGACCUUUGCGGAGACAGCAGCCAGCAAGUUUCCGCGCGGAGUUGUGUGUCUUGUUGCUCCUCGUGCUUGUGAUAAGAUUGGUGAUAAGAAGGCGAACGAAGCUGUUCGUAACAUGAUUAUGCAAUUUUGUGAAGCGACCAGUCCGUCAUAUACAACAGGGUGCAUGAUCGAGUAUAUGCCGAAAGUUCGAUUACCGCUAGCGCAUAUUGAGGCACUUUCUGUGUUAUCGGAUUGCGUGAAGGACUUUGGCGUCUCCGUUUGCAACCCACGCGCGUUGAUCGAAUUUGCGAAGGGUCCGCAAGGGUUAGAAUCUUCAAACCCUAAGGUUCGCAGCGCAGCUAUCUCGUUGCAUGGUGCUAUGUACUCGCAACUUGGGCCGGCGUUGUUACCAAUUCUCAAUCUGGACAGUUGGAAGCCAGCAUUGGCGGAGAUAGUGAAAGACGAAUUCAAAAAGGCGGGCUACGAUCCGGCGAAUGCCAUGGCAAGUGUAAAGCGACGAGUGAAAGAUCAAGAUGAACCCUCAAUUUCAGCGAAUUCAGAUGCUCUAUUUGGUCGUGUUGAUGUGAGCAGUCAGCUUACAAAGAAGCUGUUUGAGGGUAUGAAGAACGAAGCCGAUAAGGGGGCAUGGAAAAAGCGCGGAGAGGCUAUGGACACCGUCCAAACCAUUUGUGAGGGUGCUGGUGGCGCAAUCGAAUUCACGCGACCUGUGCAAGAAGUGCUUCGCAAUCUAAGAGCUCGUCUGAAUGACUCGAACGCGAAUAUGAAGGUAAAAGCUGCGAACGUUAUUGGCGUGGUUGCAGCAAGUGUCGGACCCGAUAUCGCUAAGAUGUCGAAGGUACUUGGUGCAAGCUUGAUUGCUGGAGUUGCUGACAACAAAAAGUCCAUGCAAUCAGCUGCCAUUCAAGCCCUGCACAAAUGGGUUUGCCAUAAUGGCAAGACUUCUUCUACUUGUAUGGAAAGUCUUCUUUCACCUCUUUCGGAGGGUCUUUUGAACACCGUUGGACGAGCAGGAUUGCUGGGAUGGGCAGUAGAGCACCUGAAAAAAUGCGACAAGCUUGAUUUGCAUUGCUUAGUCGCUCCGACUGUCCAAUGUAUGAUGGACAAGUCUUCCGAUGCGCGUGAGAAAGCGCAACUGUUGCUUAUUGAAGUGAUGAAAUCUGUGGGCAAAGACACUGUACUUACGACUGGGUGUCGCGACAUCAAACCCGCGGCUAUGCGGGCUCUUAAGCCUUUGCUUGCUAAGGUUUGCGAAUUAGCUGAAGCAAGUGGAGCUAUUAGUACUGACAAGGAAGCCUCUUCUGCUUCAGGACCUACACGAACGCCUCCACACCCUCCUGCGACUCCGCCGGCUGCGAGUCAUGGAUUAACCAGCAGUGGAAUCGGACGUGUCGGAAUCCGUAGAAGGACUAGUACAUCUGCGGGUGUUGGCACUCCAGCAAAGUCACGUCUUGCUCGUCCUGGUUCAUUUAAGGCUUCUACGACAUCGUCUUCGUCUCUUUCUGAACAAACUGAAAGUGGUGCCGCACAAUUGCUGAAGAUGAGCACCAGCAAACCUGCAAGGAUAAGUAAAGGGCAGUACAAUCGUUGGAUUUUCGAGACUAGCUCCGUUAGUGAGAUGAAUGCGCGCAAGAGUGAAAUUGAUGCCGAGUGGAAGCCGUUUUUGUCCCCUGAGUUUCAUGCCAAGCUCUUUGCUUCGUCAUUGGAGAAAGGGAUGCUAACUGCAAUGGACGAGUUGACGUCUGUGUGCAUUGUCCAUCAAGCAGAGGAGGUGAUUGCCUCACUUGAUCUUAUCUUAAAAUGGUGUACCCUUCGUAUUGUGGACAAUAAUGUUCAGGCUCUGGCUAAACUGUUGGAGCUACUAGUUAAGCUGCUGGACAUGCUAAAAGACACAGGAUAUCAGCUGGAUGACGUUGAGGCCGCAAUUCUGCUUCCGUACUUGCUCCAAGAGAGUGGCCAGUCAAAGCCACGCUUUCGCGUCCGCUUCCGUGAUGUGAUGAAGCUAGUUGUUGACGUUUAUAACCCUGAAAAGUAUGUGCCUUUUCUAAUGGAAUGCUUUAACGGUUCGAAGAACAUGAAGAGUCGCUGUGAGUGCAUUGAUCUGGUGGAAUUCAUUGUGAGCGUGCAUGGAUACCAAGUAGUUGGACGUAAAUGCAUUAAAGAUGUGGGCAAGUACGUCGUAGCCCACGAGAAGGAGCUCCGUGAGAGUGCAAUCAACGCGCUUGUGUCUGUUUAUAUGAAGACCGAGAGAGGAAACGCAGACAAGUUUUUCCGAUUUGCUGGUAUCACGACGCAACAAGGCAUCGAUUUAUUAAGUGCGCGUUUAAAACAUUUGCCCGCUAUCAGUUCUCCGACUAGCGCUGUUGCAGCAGCUGAACAGAAAAUGACAUCAGAGAACGAGAUGUCACAGCAACAUCGCUCUCAAAGGACAGGAUUCGGGUUUGGUUUUGGACGAGCUUCUGCUGCCGCGACUGGAGCACCGACAAAUAAUUUUGCUGCGCGUUCAGUAGAGUCACUUGCGACGCCCGUUCCUUUACCUGUAGCGAAGCAGUUAUAUGAUGAUGAUCAUGAUGUUGACGACGUUGACGACGAUAUCGACAUGAGCCCACCAAAUGAGGAGGUGGUCGAAGAAACCCCACCCAGUGUGGCGAUCGAAGAGUUGCUGUUACGCCCGAUUGAAAUGUUAAUAAACUCCUCAAAGGAAAUCGUCCCUGCUGGCACUCCAGCGUACAAGGAAGGCGGAAACGCUCUAAAAGGUUUGUAUGCAAUCAUUAACCGUCCUUCAGACCCGUCAGAAGUUGAGUUUCUGCACUCGUACGUGAACGAGAUCGUUCUGGCUCUUUGUGAUUGUAUACAUGGAGCGUUUUACGCAGGUAAUGCGGAGAAGAGGCCUGAGAUGUACAUUCUUGCAAUAAGCAUCACGACGCUGACGGUGGUCUUGAACAGUGAGGCAGUCACAAGUAUGCAGCGCUACACUGUGGAACGCGUUUUGCUGGAGUUGUGCUCGAAGAUAAUGGACCCGCGUCUGGAAAAGUUCUCUCAGAAGGCUAGUCUGCCAGCAUCAGAGCUAACUGUGACACCGGAAGAAAAUCGCUACCUCAUGGUGUACAAAGCACUAUACAAGGCUAUGCGCAAGUUGACAGAAAGGGCAAAAGCUGGCGAUGUGUACCCCUCGGUGAUCAAUCUGUUGCAGCGCCUUAUGCACAAUGAUGUUGGUGAGUACAAUAAGAACGAUACGCUAAAGCAUUUGUUGAAGGAAGAUUCUCUCGAUCAGCUGGUUGGACGCAUUCUGCUGAAGCUGACGAACGUCCAAGCAAACUCGCUGGCACCAUUUGAAGGUAUUGACAUCUUUGGCGUGCUCAUGCAGAUGCACGGGUUCUUUUCGACCCUACCAAGGGCUGAAGUCAUGAUGGUGGAUAUUGCCAACGACAACAUGCAGUCAGCAUUGAAAAUUAUGGCUGACAGCCUUACAAAGACACGACCGAGUGCUUUUGAGGCAUCCAUGAAGGACAUACCUUCUACGUCACUGGUGCAUCAGAUUCUCGAUGAGAUGGGAUAUGGCCAAUCGCAUCAACAAAGUGCUGCCGAACCAGGGCUGCAUUUCGGAGAAAACGGCACUCGUUCCACGUCAGUUGCACCUCGUAUUAUGAACCAUUUUGAUGGCGGCAGUGCAGCCAAUGGUGGUCCGGCAGCAACAGAAGAAACUAUUCCCCGACGUUUGUUCCCGCCACGAGACACCCGAACUUCAAGAGCGACUUCAGCGGCGCCAUCACUGGCUGCAAAUGCACCAACAGUAACCCGUGGACGUAGCUUUACGUCCUUUCAUGAUUUCGCUGCCAGUCGCAGUACAGCAGGUAGUGUGCCUCGUACGUCGACGUCGACGACAACUAGCGAACAGCUUGAGAAUUUGCGGGAACGACUACAAAUGUCUCGUCAUUUUAACUAG